AUGCACAGAACGCAGAGGCCCGCGAUCGAUUUGCGUGCGCUAAAUAGAGAAACGAAUGCUGUGAAAAUUAUUACUCAGUCGAAGCAAAACCCGCUCACUGGAAAGCCCUUCUCGGAUAAUUAUUACAAAAUAUUGGAAGGGAGAAAGAAAUUACCCGUUUUCGAGUUUCUUGAUACACUCGAACAAGCCGUUGAUUCCAAUCAAGUAAUUAUUGUGGAGGGAGAAACAGGAUCGGGCAAAACAACCCAAAUUCCUCAAGCUUUAACGCUUCACUAUUUGUCUAAAAAUCCUGAUUCGAAUAAAAUGAUUUGCUGUACUCAACCUCGUCGUGUAGCUGCUUUGACUGUUGCCAAACGUGUUUCCGAAGAAAUGGACGUUGAAUUUGGGGAGGAGGUUGGUUACACGAUUCGAUUUGAAGACUAUACGAGUGAACGAACAAAGUUGAAAUAUAUGACAGACGGUAUGUUAGAACGAGAAGCAAUGAACGAUCCUUUAUUGUCUCGUUAUUCUAUAAUUUUGUUGGAUGAAGCUCACGAACGAACAUUAGCGACGGAUAUAAUGAUGGGUUUACUGAAAGAACUAUUACCGAAGCGUCCUGAUUUGAAACUAAUCGUAAUGAGUGCAACUCUGGAUGCGGGUCGAUUCCAGAAAUACUUCAACAAUGCUCCUCUUUUCUCUGUCCCUGGCCGAACCUUCCCUGUGGAAUCUUUCUUUACCAACGAAGCGCAGGACAAUUAUGUGGAGGCUGCGAAGGCUUUGGUUCUCAAGAUCCAUCUCAACGAAGCUCCUGGCGACAUUCUGGUCUUCCUCACCGGAGAAAAGGAGAUCAUGGACACGUGCAGAGAUCUCGAAGAAGAGGCGCAGAACAUUCCAGAAGAUAAGGGAAAGCUCUGGGUUCUCCCCUUAUUCUCCUCGCUUCCUCCCCAGCAACAGCAGCUUGUGUUUGAGCCCACGCCGGAAGGAAGCCGGAAAGUGGUGAUUGCGACGAAUAUCGCGGAGACUUCGAUCACAAUCAACGGGGUUGUGUAUGUGAUCGAUCCAGGAUUCAGCAAGCAAAACGUCUAUGAUCCCCGUACCCGAAUUUCAUCGUUGCUCGUAACUCCGAUCAGCAAAGCAUCGGCUCGUCAGCGUGCGGGUCGCGCAGGCCGAACGCGUCCAGGGAAAUGCUUUCAUUUGUAUACCGAAGAAUCGUUUAAGACGCAGUUAUUGGAACAAACGUUCCCAGAAAUCAUGCGAAGCGAUAUCAGCUCUGUGAUUCUCACAAUGAAAAAGCUCGGGAUCGAAAAUCUGGUUCGGUUUGACUUUAUGGAUCCGCCAGCACCCGAAACGAUGAUGCGUGCUCUGGAGAAUCUGAAUUAUCUGGGCGCAUUGGACGAUGAAGGGGAGUUAACGGAGUUGGGAAAUGAAAUGGCGGAGCUUCCGUUGGACCCUCAGCUAUCGAAAGCCCUUCUGAGUUCGAAGGAGUAUGGAUGUGUUCCUGAAAUGCUGACGAUCACGGCCAUGCUCUCCAUCCCUCCCUUCUUUUUACGUCCCAAAGACGAAGAGGAAGACGCGGACGCUGUGCGGUCUUCGUUUUCUCAUCCCGACAGCGACCACAUCGCGUUGCUUCGAGUGUACGAUGCGUAUGUGCAGGAGGAAGAGAAGGAUCGCGAGCAGUGGUGCAAGGAGCAUUACAUCAACCCUCGCAACAUCGCCAAUGCGAUCAAUGUGCGAAACCAGCUGGAAGGGAUCUUGAGCAAGCUGAAAAUCGACGUGACGAACGGAAACCACUUCGAUGACCCCUCGUACGCGACGAACAUUCGGAAAUGUCUCUGCGCGGGGUUCUUUAUGCAGGUGGCGCAUCGCGAAAAGACUGGAUCGUACACCACAAUCAAGGACAACCAGGAAGUGGACAUUCAUCCCUCAUCCGAAGUGAUUAAUAAGCCGAAAUGGGUCAUCUUCCACACAGUCAAGAUGACUUCUAAGAACUUCAUUCAGACCAUUACGGCUGUGGAGGGAGAGUGGCUGAUCGACUUGGCUCCCAAGUACUAUGAUAUGUCAAACUUCCCGCCCGGGUCUGCUCGUGAGGAAUUGCUGGCGAUCAUUCGUCGGAGACAGAUGGGAGAGACGGCAGCAAGUCGUGGAGGAUUUCUAAAUCCUAAACGGAGAAGAGUGUAA